AUGAGUGGAAAGAGUCGUCAUAAGCUUUCAAUCGAUAGGCUGAGCAACUUGCCAGACGGAGUCAUAUGCCACAUUCUCUCCUUCCUCACCACAAAGCUCUCUGUGUCAACCUGCGUUCUUGCGAAAAGAUGGAAGUUUUUGUUAUCCCACGUCCCUGUUUGGGAUUUUGAAGGAAAAUUUGUAGGAGAAGAAUUUGUCGAAGAUGAAACACCAAAUCAAGACGUGAUUUACAGGGUGCUUCUGUGGCACAAGGCUAAAACAAUGCGUACUCUUCGGCUCCGCCAUAUAGACUGCAAUGAGUAUCAACUGGAGACAUGGAUCUCCACUGCCAUUGAGUGUAAAAUACAGAAUCUUUAUCUCGAAUCUGUCUAUGAAAAUAUUUUUAAGUUGCCUAGAUCCCUCUUCACCUGCAAAACCGUGGUUGACAUGAGGCUCGCUAACUGCAAAGGCUUGCCUUCAACUGGGGACAUAUGUUUACCUAGCCUCAAGAAACUUCAUCUUUCUGAAGUUGAGUAUGAGGAUGAUGAAGCCAUUCCGAACUUGCUUUCUGGCUGUCCUUUGCUCCAGAUGUUGAUGCUCAAUUUCCCGGAUGAAGAUGCUUGUGGGAGAUUCUUGAAUAUAUCAUCAUCCACGAUAAAAAUGCUUGAGGUGAAGAUUGGAAUCGACGUUCGCUUCUGUACAAACACACCAGCACUUAGAUGUCUCCGUUUGAUUGAUUGUGAUUGGGAUUUCACCACAAUUCCAAUAGAUAUGCCCUCCUUAGUUGAGGUGUACAUCCGUUUUAGUCGUUGUGAUUACUUCUACAUUGACAACAAUGACAGCUCCAAUGUGCUAGAGGGUUUUACUCGUUUGCGCAACAUCAGGUGCCUAAGGAUAUCAAGCUGUGGAUACCUGAAGGUUAUUGACAGAGUUGUUGGUUCGAUCGAAAACUUCAAUAAUUUGACCAAACUCGAACUCGAAUUGGGUGUUGAAUGGCAAUUGCUUGUAGAGUUUCUUGAAGUUGCUGAUAAUCUUCAAGUCCUUAUUGUAACUGGAUCUUGCCGAUGCUAUCAUAAAGUAGAAAUUCGUAAUUCUUGCAUGGAGCCGAAACAAGUGCCUAAAUGCCUACUAUCGUCUCUUAGAACUAUAACAAUUAAGCAACCAAGUUUUGAAGACUAUGAACUUGACCUGGACAAUCUUUUUCUCAAGUGGGAGUCUAUGAGUGAGGAGGAGAAGGCUCGUUUCGUUGCCGAGGCUGAAAGGCAUGAUGCAAUAUGGAUUAUGAGCAGCAACUUGAAGCAUUCGAACAGAAACUGGCUGGAAUUGGUGUUGGUGUUGAGGUGA